GUCCCCACUCACCAACUCUCCAACUUUCUCUCCUCCACAAAACCCCACUCCCAUCCUCGGCAACAAACCCACAAAUCCUAAAACCCAACAAACCAGCCAUGCACAAAAGCACUUCAGCUUCUUCCCUCGGCCCCGGAGGCCUCGACCUAACCCAGGCCUUCUUCAAGCCCAUCCACGGCGCCGCCACUCCCUCCUCCUCCAACGGCCAGACCAAGAUCUCCGUCAUCGGCGCCGGCAACGUCGGCAUGGCCAUCGCCCAGACCAUCCUCACCCAGGACCUCACCGACGAGCUCGUCCUCGUCGACGCCAUCCCCGACAAGCUCCGCGGCGAGAUGCUCGACCUCCAGCACGCCGCCGCCUUCCUCCCCCGCACCAAGAUCAGCGCCUCCGUCGACUACGCCGUCACCGCCGGCUCCAACCUCUGCAUUGUCACCGCCGGUGCCCGCCAGAUCCACGGCGAGUCCAGGCUGAACCUGCUGCAGAGGAACGUCGCUCUCUUCCGCAAGAUCAUCCCCCCGCUCGCCAAGUACUCGCCGGAGACCAUUUUGCUGAUCGUGUCGAACCCGGUCGAUGUGUUGACCUAUGUGGCCUGGAAGCUGUCCGGGUUCCCCAGCAACCGGGUUGUCGGGUCGGGUACCAAUCUGGACUCCUCCCGCUUUCGGUUCCUCAUUGCCGAUCAUCUUGACGUUAACGCUCAGGAUGUGCAGGCCUACAUUGUGGGGGAGCAUGGUGAUAGCUCAGUGGCACUAUGGUCGAGCAUUAGUGUUGGGGGAGUUCCGGUGUUGAGUUUCUUAGAGAAGCAGCAGAUAGCAUACGAGAAAGAAACCCUUGAGAGCAUUCACAAAGCUGUAGUGGACAGUGCUUAUGAGGUGAUAAGUCUCAAAGGUUAUACUUCUUGGGCAAUAGGGUACUCAGCGGCCGGGUUAGCUCGGAGCAUAUUGAGAGACCAGAGGAGUAUCCACCCGGUUUCAGUGCUUGCAAAGGGGUUCUAUGGUGUUGAUGGUGGGGAUGUGUUCUUGAGCUUGCCGGCUCAGCUCGGAAGGAGUGGAGUUUUGGGGGUGACCAAUGUGCAUUUGACAGAUGAAGAGGAACAGAAGCUCAGGGACUCGGCUAAGACCAUUUUGGAGGUGCAGAGUCAGUUGGGACUGUGAAGAAUGAAGACUAAUUGACACAUGAAUGUUACAACUAACAAACUGGUCACUUGCUCCACUUGAGGGAUCCGUUAUCUAUUAUCAUGCUGUUUUUGUUUGUAAUGUUUGUUAAAAAGAGGUCCGACCCCAUGCUUACAUGGGAUCGGAGACUCCUCUCGGUUCGAAUAAUAGUAACUUUUGAUUGAUUUCCUGAA